ACCAAUCCCUGAUUAAACCAACCCCCAACUCUUCUCCCACUGCUCAAAAUUGACCGCCGGUGACAAUGGCCGCCGUCAAUCUCCGACCCGACGACGACAAUUCUACACUCAUCUCCCACAUCUACAAUCCUGAAAUUUACACCCAAAUGCUACCCCAACAAGGUAUGGCAGAGGGAAACAAGCCGACGAAGCGACGGCGGAGGAGGAGCAGAGCGAAGGAGGUGGCCGAGGCCGCUGCCGGGUUGAAGAAGAGGAAGCUGAGUUCAGAGCAAGUGAAGCUUUUGGAAAUCAACUUUGGAAACGAGCACAAAUUGGAAACGGAGAGGAAAAAUCGGUUGGCUUCAGAAUUAGGCCUCGAUCCAAGCCAAGUCGCCAUCUGGUUUCAGAACCGCCGUGCACGGUGGAAGAACCAGAAACUGGAACACCAAUAUUCCAUUCUCAAAACAGCUCACGAUUCUGCUGUUCUCCAGAAAACCCAUCUUCAAUCUGAGAUAGAGAAACUGAAAGAGCAAUUAGCGGAAGCCAAGAAUGAGAUACAGAAACUGGUGGAAGUAAGCGAGAGAAACCGUCGGUGGUCGGUGACGAUGGAUGACGUGCAAGCGGCGGCGUGUUGGGGAGAGAUAUUAAUGGAAGAAUAUGAAGAUGUAUUCUAUUCCAUGCAAGAGAACAAUUAUAAUCAACCAGUGGAGUGGUAUCUUAAUUAUAUGUACACUAAUUAUUAAUUAAUCUAUUUAUUAUGUCCACUAAUUAAUUAGUGUUUCUUUGUGGAUAUACUCAAUCACACACCAUCUAAUGGAAAAA